CCCUCUUCGUCUCUUUCGUCCUUCGCAAUUUUAAUAUAUAUUUUUGCCAUAUAAUUUUGAAAUUUAAUCCCUCCUCCUCCUCCUCCUCCUCCUUCUUAUUAAUCGAAACCCUAAAAAUUCCUCCUUUGCAGCAAGUUUUACUUAGGUUUUGCUCCGUUCCAAUCUGGAGGAUUUCGAUCCUUGGGCAAUUUAAUGGGCUCUAUUUGAUCGAUAAUUUAUUGAUCGAAUUGUUUAAUGGCGGAGAGUUUCAGCAGAUGGGAGUCGGAUCCCUUAUUCUCGGCGGCCGAAGUGGUGCAAGAUUCUGCAGAUAGGAUGGAGUCAGUUUUCCGGAUGCUGUUGCAUGAAAAAAAACUUCUGCAAGGAGAUCCUUCAGAUACCAAGCUUCUUAGUUCGGUACGAUAUCAAAGGAGAGAUCUUGUUACUGCUCUUGAGACAACCAGAUGGCAGUUGGAGGACUUUGACAGGGCAGUAAAUUUAGCUGCAUUAUCUGAUCAGUCAAAUUCAAGGAAAAAUGCAAUUUUUAAAUUCAGACAAUUGAUCAGAGCAAUAAGGGAACAAAUACUUCAGGUGGAGAGAAGUGUGGAGGACUCAUCAGUGGAAGAUAUUAGUACAAAUUUUGAAUCUAUGAAUUUAAAUGAACAAGAUACAGACGGAUUAGCAUUGUUUCUUUCUGGGGGUGAUUCUAGGGGCCAUCAUUUGCUUUAUGACUCUGGAAGUAGCAUUAUGAGAAGGUUUUCUUGAUUCACCACAGACAGUGAUGCAAUAGUUGAGCUUAAAACUGAAGAAGUUGAACUCUUGCCAAUGAAUGGUCUGAAAUAUUCAAACCAUGGUUAUGAUUCCUUAAAGGAUAAUAUGCUACGGAAAGUUGGAUUGAACUAUUCCCAAAGAGAAAUAGGAACACCAGCUGCCAUCCAGGGUUCUUUUAAAGAAGUAAAGUGCGGGGAGGUAAAUGCUGGCAUGGGGGCAUACGAUUUGGAAGUUGGUGAUCCAGGUGGAAAAUGCUAUCCUCAGAAGAACCGGCUGAGAAGAUCUUUUUGGAGAUUCUUGAGGAAUUUCUGGCUUGCAAAUAAUAGUAAAGGGAGCUUCACAAAGAGGAGGAAAGAUGGAGAGGCAGUGGAUGCUGAACUAAGAAUGACGCCUUCCAUAGUCAGCAUUUCUCCAGCUGAACAGGGAACUGAUUAA